GCUUGGUUCAGCUCACUGAAUCUGCAAAGUGGAUAUUGGCAGGCGAUGUUCCUGCUGAAGUGAGUUGUACAUAAUAAAGAAAACAGAAAAUCCCCCACUGGCCUCCGAAAUCACCGGAGCAGUUACUACACUGUUGCCCUCACUUUACCUCCUAAUGGAAGAUUUUGCCUACCAGAUGUAGGACUUUAUCCCAACCCCAACCUUCCCAUUUCAGCCCUGCACCCUCCAGACACCAUGUUCUCCUCCAACUUUUUGGGUGGAGGGAACCCCCUGAGUGCCAUGUCCUCUGCAGUGAACAAGUUUAGCCUGUUCGGGGAUGACGCAGAGGCUGAAAAGAACAAGCAACAGCAGGGGCCUUCGAAACAAAAACUUCCUGAACAACAAGGGAAUGGACAACAUGCAACUCAAGGGCCUUCAAAGCGAAGUGGACAUGAGCCACCAGGAGGAGGCCUGGAACAGAAAGGAAGGGGCAGAGGUGUGGCCCAGCAGCAGGGAGCUGGGAGAGGUGGCCCUCAACAACAAGAAGCUGGUAGGGGUGGACCACAUGAGCAAGGAGUCGGGAGAGGAAGGUCUCAACAGCAGGGAACGGGCAGGGGUGGAACGCAGCAGCAUGGCACUCCAGGACCUGCGACUCAACAAGUAAAAACAGCUAAAGCGACUGAUCCAGGGGGAAAGAAUCUCUGUCCAAUCUGCAAAAACACAGAACUUAAUUUGAAAUCCAAUGAUCCACCCAACCAUAGCACCUGCACUCAGUGUAAAUCGGUCGUCUGCAGCAUGUGUGGGUUCAGUCCUCCAGAUGCAUCUGCUAAGGAAUGGCUCUGUCUGAACUGUCAGAUGCAGAGGGCUCUCGGAGGUACAAAACCACCCGCCGCCAACAAAAAGCCCAACCCGUCAAGUCCAUCAACAGCACAAAAAAAGGAUUCUGCACAGAGUACAUCUUUGAACCCAUCUUCACCCCAACAAAAUAAAGUCUUAGAAAGUCAGAAACCACCAGGGCAUUCCAGUUCAGCUCCAUCAGAUCAAACCAAUCCCAGCUCAGCUUCACUUCCACAGCAAAAAUCUUCUCAGCAGCAAAGAAUAAAAGAUGCCUCAUCACCUGCCAAGUCUGACACACAUACCAAGACUGAACCCGAGGAGCAAUCUGGCUUCUUUGGUUUUGGAUUUGGAGGUGCCCGAUCCAGAUCACCAUCUCCUCAGCCCUCUGCCUCUGCUGUUUCUGGGAAGGUUCUAGGCUUUGGCUCCUCCCUUUUCAGUUCUGCAUCUAAUCUGAUCUCAUCUGCUGUACAGGACGAGCCUUCCACUACUCCACCAACUUCUCGUAAAGGGUCCAGUGUUUCUCAAACGCCUGUCAAGUUUAUAAACACACCUCCUACACCCCACAAAGGGUCAGAGGGCUGUAAGGAGUCCCCCAAGCACCCUGCAACCCAAAAACCAGAGCAAAAGAAAUCAGAUGGAACUCAGCCAAACAAAGCAACUGUAGACCAAACAGCAAAGCAACCGACUUCUCAACAGUCUCCUAAAGCAGGUAAAGCCAGUCCAAAAACCGUUCCAAAAGCCUGCCCACUUUGCAAGACGGACCUCAAGAAGGAUCCUUCGAACUACAAUACCUGUACUGAGUGCAGUUCCAUUGUGUGCAUCCAGUGUGGUUUCAACCCCAUUCCUCAUCAGCCAGAAGGAAAAGACUGGCUUUGUUUAACCUGUCAGACACAGAGGGCACUAAAAGGAGUCGAACCACAAGGACUUUCUCCAAAAAAACCCCAACCACUGGCAGCCCAGAAGAAAGAAUCUGCUAUAGCUCCUAUCCCAAAUCAGCCCACGGUUCGACAUACAGCGAUUAGUGCCAACCAGCCAGUCACACAGAAAACAGAUACAUCCAAACAACAGCCAAGUUCAAUAGAAAUGAAACAGCAAAAGCCUCCGAAUCAGCAGGCAAAUCCCAGCUCACCAGUAAAGGCAGAACCUCCUAAAAAAGAUUCAGGUUUGUUCGGUUUUAGUGGGGCUCGAUCUCAGUCACCAUCCGCCCAGCCUGACGUCUCUGCUGUUUCUGGAAAGGUUCUGGGAUUUGGUUCCUCCUUCCUCAGCUCAGCAUCUAAUCUGAUCUCAUCAGCUGUUCAGGAUGAGCCUUCGUCCACACCACCGACUUCUCGUGACGGAUCUACAGCUUCUCAGACCUCUGCCAAUGCAACCAAAACACCUCCUGCAUCGCACAAAGGUUCUGCUGCAUCACAAUGUGAUGCCAAUGCAACUGCAACAAGAACAGGGAUUCAACCAUCGACUGCACAGAAAGAUAAGACACCAGGGAAUAUAGAUGAUCUGCAGAGCAAAGCAUCACCAUCUCAGGCAAAGACGCCAGAACGUUCCUCACAUGUGUCAAGGGUAGAUAAAAAUCAUCGGCCUGUUCCCAAAGCUUGCCCACUCUGCAAGGAAGAACUUAAAAACGAUCCUCCGAAUUACAGUGUCUGCACUGAAUGCAAAAAUACUGUUUGUAACCGUUGUGGAUUCAAUCCUAUGCCUCACCAAACAGAGGUGGUAAAGUGGCUUUGCCUGAACUGUCAGGUGCAGAAAGCUCUGGGUGAUGAUGCUCCUGCAAUAUCUUCACCAAAACAAAAAACACUCACAGUGGACUCUACGAAGAAAAUUGCUACUCCUCAGGCAACAGCUCCACAAGAUAAUAAAGGACCUGGUGCUUAUCAGAAAGUGCAGCCCCAGCAAAAUAAGGCACCAAAUGGUGCACUUCAUGUCCAAAAAUCUCAGCAACAGGAAGCUGGAAAACCACUGGUGGAUAAAUCAGAAGUAAAGGAAGACUCGGGUUUCUUUGGCUUUGGUGGUGCACGAUCUAGAUCACCAUCUCCUCAACCACCCUCUGUUUCUGGAAAGGUUUUCGGCUUUGGUUCCUCCUUACUCAGUUCAGCAUCUAAUCUGAUUUCAUCCGCAGUUCAGGAUGAGCAUUCUACCACGCCACCGACCUAUCGCAAGGGUUCUGAAGUUUCCCAGGCUUCAUCCAAAACGCCGCCCGCUUCUCGUAAAGGUUCAGUUUCACAGACGUCUCAAAAGAAUGAAUCUCCAGGUUCUACACCAGCUACGUCACGCAAAGGAUCUGAGGUUUCCCAAAACCCUCAGAGACCUUUACAUGCUAAGGAAAACAAACCAGCGUCUGUUGGAGAAACAGAGGAAACAAAAUCCCAACAAGUAGUCGACAAAUCACGACCACUGCCUAAGAUGUGUCUUCUUUGUAAUACUGAAAUUAAAAAAGACCCUCCCAACUACAGCACAUGCACUGAAUGCAAGAGUGUUGUAUGUAACCUCUGUGGAUUCAACCCAAUGCCUCAUGACACAAAGGUGAAGAAGUGGCUUUGUCUGUCCUGCCAAACACGACGAGUAUCUGAAGUAUCCUCUGUGCAAGCUGAAUCAAAGGCCAACAAAAUUCCUCCACCAUCGACUCAAAAUCCUGAAAAGAAAGGUCUUCCUAAUAAAAAUCAGCCAUCAAAGGCUGAGCCUUCCCCGGCCAAGGAUAGCGCCCCAAAAGACACCAUGAGUUUCUUUAGUGUUGGUGGUGCUCGCUCUCGAUCUCCAUCUCCUCAGCCUGCAGCGUCCACAGUUUCUGGAAAGGUUCUAGGUUUUGGCUCAUCCUUCCUCAGCUCAGCAUCUAAUUUAAUCCCAUCGGCUGUUAAGGAUGAGCCUUCAACAGCAACACCAACCUCUCAUAAGGGUUCUGGGCUCAAGGAUGCUAACCCACCUUCUAAUGGAAAAACUGAGGAAGAGAAAGCUCAGCAAUUAGCUGACAAAUCAGCAUCACUGCUACCUAAAUCCUGUCCUCUUUGCAAGACUGAGAUUAAAAAAGACCCGCUGAACUACAACACCUGCACUAAGUGUAAGAGUGUUGUAUGUAACCUCUGUGGAUUCAACCCCAUGCCUCAUGAGAUAAAGAUAAAGGAAUGGCUCUGCCUGACCUGCCAGACACAACAGGCAUCAGAAUUAUCCUCAAUGCCAACCCAGCCAAAGACCAACAAGAUUCCUUCAUCAUUUCCUCAACAUAAAGGAACUGCUGUGUCAGAACAUACUGGGGAAAAUAAAAGUAUUCCUGGUAAAACCAUUCAAGAGGUCAUGACAUCUACUGAAGUCAAACCGUCAGUUAAAGCAUCUGCUUCAGACGGGGAUAAGCAAUUAACUGCUACUCACAGAGCACAAAAGCCCAAUGAGCAACCAUCUACUGUACAAAAUAAUGCUCCAAAUCACGCUUCGAAAGUUGAGCCUUCACCUGUUAAGAGUAAACCCCCCUUAGAAGGCUCAGGCUUUUUUGGUUUAGGUGGUUCUCGUUCUCGAUCGCCAUCCCCCCAAACCGCUGCAUCCGCUGUUUCUGGAAAGGUUUUAGGCUUUGGAUCUUCGUUUUUUAGCUCAGCCUCUAAUUUAAUCUCAUCAGCUGUUCAGGAUGAGCCUUCCACGACGCCACCAAGCUCUCGUAAGGGUUCUGCAGUUUCCCAGACUUCAUCCAAAACAACACCACCUACUUCACGUAAGGGUUCCAUUUCACAGACUAGCAAGACGGAAUCCCCAGUCUCUACACCAGCUAUGUUACGCAAAGGAUCUGAGGCUCAGGAGGCCAAAAACCCUACUAAUGAAAAAGCAAAGGAACAGUCUCAUCAAACAGCUGCCAGAUCAUCACAGCGUCUUCCUAAAAUGUGUCCUCUUUGUCAGACAGAGAUAAAAAAUAACCCCUCUAACUACAGGACCUGCACUGAAUGCAGUAGUGUUGUGUGUAACCUCUGUGGAUUCAACCCAAUGCCUCAUGAACAUGACAAGAGAGACGCCUGGCUCUGUCUGACCUGCCAGACACGGAAAGCAUCAGAUAUAUCACCUAUCCAGUCUCAAACAAAGGCUAAGCAUAUCCAACCACCUCAAUCUCCUCAAAAUAAAGGAGCUGCAGUAUCUGAAUUAUCUGCCAAACAGAAAGUUUCAAAGACUGUCCCCUCUCCUGCCAAGGAUAAUCUUACUCAAGAAAGCUCGGGCUUCUUUGGUUUUGGUGGUUCUCGCUCUAGAUCACCAUCUCCUCAACCUGCCGUGUCUAGUGUUUCCGGAAAGGUUUUCGGCUUUGGAUCAUCUUUACUCGGCUCAGCUUCUAAUCUGAUCUCAUCGACCGUUCAGGACGAGUCUUCUACAACACCACCGACCUCUCGUAAAGGAUCUACAGUUUCUCAAACACUCAAAACAACACCACCACCUUCUCCUAAGAGCUCAGUUUCUGGAAAGACAGAAGCCCAAGCCUUGAAUCCAGUUGACAAAACAUCACAGUUGCUACCUAAAUCUUGUCCACUUUGUAAGACAGAGAUUGAAAAGGACCCACCGAAUUACAGCAUGUGCACUGGAUGCAAAAGUGUUGUUUGUAAUCUCUGUGGAUUCAACCCAGCACCACAUGACACAAAGGUAAAGGAGUGGCUCUGCCUGACCUGCCAGACACAACGAGCAUCAAAAAUAUCCUCUGUGCAGGGUCAGCCAAAGCCAAACAAAAUUCCUCCAUCAUCACCUGUUCAAAAUAAGAGGGCUGCUCCAUCAGUAGAACCUGAGAAGAAAGUCCCUGCUGAUAAAAAUCAAGCAUCAAAAGUUGAGCCAUCUCUUCCCAAAGAUAACCCCCCUCAAGAGAACUCAGGCCUUUUUGGACUAGGUGGUGCUCGCUCUCGAUCAUCAUCUCCUCAGCCUACUGGGUCUGUAGUUUCUGGAAAGAUUUUAGGCUUUGGCUCAUCCUUCCUCAGCUCAGCAUCUAACUUGAUCUCUUCAGCCGUCCAGGAUGACGCUUUGACACCACCUACGUCUCGUAAGGGUUCCGUUUCACAGACGUCUCAAAAGUCUGAAUCCCCAGCUUCUACACCAGCUACGACACGCAAAGCGUCUGAGGUCAAUAUACCUUCUGAUGGAAAGACUGAGGUGAAGGAAUCCCAGCAAACAGCUGACAAGUCAUCAGCGUCGCUACCUAAAUCCUGUCCACUUUGCAAGACAGAGAUUAAAAAAGACCCACCAAACUACGGCACCUGCACUGGGUGCAAGAACACUGUAUGUAACCUCUGUGGAUUUAAUCCAGCGCCACAUGACACAAAGAGGAAGGAAUGGCUCUGCCUGACCUGCCAGAAACAGCGAGCAUCACAAGAAUCCUCUCAAACAAAGUCCAUCAAAAUGCCUUUAUCUUCAUCUCAUCCAGAUAAGGAGACUGUGCUGCCUGAGAAGAAGACGAGUCUUUCUGAUAAAACUAUUCAAAAAGGCCAAACCGUUGAAGUAAAACAACCAAACAAAUCUGAUCCAGCUACAGUUAAGCAAACGAAUGCUGCUCCCAGAGUACAGCAUGAAAACGAGACACAACAACAAAAUAAGGCAUCAAAAGCUGGACCACUUCCUGCCAAGAGUAAACCUCCUCAAGAAAACUCUAGCUUCUUUGGUUUCGGCGGUCCUCGCUCUGAAUCGCCAUCUUCUCAACCUGAUGAGUCUUCUGUUACAGGGAAAGUUCUCGGCUUUGGUUCAUCAUUUUUUAGCUCUGCGUCUAAUCUGAUCUCAUCAGCUGUUCAAGAUGAACCUUCUACGACACCACCGACAUCACGUAAAGGUUCAUCAGUCUCCCAGAGUUCCAUUAAAUCCCCCACACCACCUCCAUCCACUCGCAAAGGUUCUGUGGUCUCUCAGACGACCACAACACCACCAGUAAAGUCACAGGAUGGAGCUACAGAAAAGCAAACAGAUGUGAAAUUACCAAAUGUACAGAAACAAGAAGAAGGUCUACACAAGGAGGAAACGUCUUUAGCUCAUCAUGAUAAGAAUCCAGACAAAUCAAAGACAUUGAAUAUGAAGGAAUCAACUCUUCCACCUUCUAAAAAUUGUCCUCUUUGCAAGGUGGAGCUGAAGAACGAUCCUCUCAACUACAAAACGUGCACUGGGUGCAAAAACGUUGUAUGCUUACAGUGUGGAUUCAAUCCGGAUCCACAACAAACAAAGAGUAAAGACUGGCUGUGUCUGAACUGCCAAAUACAGCAGACGCCAAAAGCUCCACCUUCACAGCCCCGACUUGAAGCUAACAAAGUACCUUCACCAGCAUCAACACAGAAAAAUAAAACUUCAGUUUCAGAUAAGGAUAAAAAGCCACCUACAGAUGAAAAGCUCCAGAAGAAUCAAAGUGAAGCUGAGAAAAAGCAAGCCUUAGAUAUAUCCACACCCAAACAGGCUGUGCAGAAACAGAACCCCAAGGAAAAACAUCCUGAGGCACAAAAGACAACAGACGGAACCUCCAAACCUCCUAAAUCUGAACCCUCUAAAGACGAGUCAGGCUUUUUUGGCUUUGGUUUUGGUGCACGAUCUCGAUCACCGUCACCUCAGCCUGCUGUUUCUGGAAAGGUUCUAGGUUUUGGAUCGUCUCUUUUCAGCUCAGCAUCUAAUUUGAUAUCUUCAGCUGUACAGGAUGGGACUUCUCCUUUCACUUCACCUUCAACUUCACGUAAGGGUUCUGUGGUUUCUCAGUCUUCUGAUACUGUACCAACACCAAUCACCCUGCGCAGGACAUCUGAAGUGGCACAGCCUGCCGCUACGGCACGUACUGAUCAGAAGACGUCCUCUCAGGACUCGCUCAAAAUGAAACCUGUUGACAUACCGAAAACACCAUCUAAACAGAACAAAGGAACAAAAUUACAGGUCGAGAAAACAGCUUUGAGUGAUGUAACGCCAUCAGAUGCAGCAAAAACAAAAGGAUCUGAUCAACCUCUUCCAAAAGUCUGUCCACUCUGCAACGUGGACAUCAAGAAGGAACCUCCAAACUAUAACAUAUGUACUGAGUGCAAGAGCACAGUUUGUAACCUUUGUGGAUUUAACCCAAUGCCAGACAAAACAGAGAUGCAGAAGUGGCUCUGCCUGAACUGCCAGAUAAAACAAACAUCUAGACCUUCAAAGAAAACUGUUGCACAACCUGAUAAAGCACCUCUUUCAGCAUCACAACAAAACAAUGAUGCUUCUGUUACACCAACAACUGCUGAUAAAGGUUCUGCAGUUAUGGAAGCACCUGCAAAAACUGCAGCACAGAAGCAAACAUCUGCAUCACAGGAGACAAGUGCAUUGUGUACAGAGACAAAAUCAACUACUCAGCAGUCAGAUGAAAAGACGGUCCAGAAGAAAUUGUCAGAGUUGCAGAUAAUCAAUGAACCAUCUGCUGAUGGGAGAAAAGAUGAACGUUCAUCAGCAGCUCUAAAAGCCUGCCCGAUAUGUGCAGAGGAGUUUAAACACAACCCUCCUAAUUUUAACACUUGCACAGCUUGCAAAAGCACUGUGUGUAAUCUUUGUGGAUUGAAUUCUAUGUCCAAUCAAACUGAGGUGAGGAAUUGGCUCUGUUUGGACUGCCAUAUAAAACAAGCACCAGGAGCAACUCCUGCAGAGCCACCGGCAAAAAAAUUACCUUCAUCUGUAUCCCCAAAGAAAGAUGAAACAAUUUCCGAAGCUAAAAAACCAGAGGACCAAAUCCCUGUGCCAGAGACCAAGAAACUCACGUCUACUUCAUCACCACAUUCUGUUCCUGAUAAACCCUCUCAAGAGCCUCCAAAGCAAGAAUCAGGCUUCUUUGGUUUUGGUUUUAGCGGUAUGCGAUCUCAGUCACCAUCUCAGACGCAGGCUGCUUCCUCUUCUGUAUCUGGAAAAGUGCUACAGUUUGGCUCCUCAGUGAUCAGCUCAACGUCCAGUCUGAUAUCAUCAUCUGCCCAGGAUAAACUUUCUACAACACCUCCAACUCCUCGUAAGGGUUCUGUAACAUCUGAAACUGCAAAAGCUGCACCGAUACCACCACAGGCUUAUAACCAGGGGUCAGUUUUGCCUGCAUCUUUAAAAACUGCUAUCUCUAAGGAAACAAAAGAACCUGCUAUUCAGAAACAGCAAGAGAAGAAUCCUGCAGAUGACUUAGGAAAAGAAAAUGAGAAUUCAUCAGAUCUUCCCAAAAUUUGUCGACUCUGCAAAGAGAAAUGCAAGGAAGAUCCUAAGACCUACAACACGUGCAGCUCCUGUAAAAACACACUGUGUAACCGCUGUGACUCCAGUCCACAUAACACAAAGGAGAAUUGCUGGUUGUGUAAAAACUGCCAGAUCAAGCAAAAACCAGCGAAUCCUCAUGCACAGCCUCAAGCAGAGAUGAAGAAAUCAGCUGGACUACAAAAAGAGGCUCAAAAUCCAGGUCCUACACAAAGAAAUCCAACAUUGCCAGCAGGUCCCACGGAGCCAAAACAGCCACCAUCUGCAGCUGUUAAAAAACAGGACAAACCCACAUCAGAAAAGAUCCAAAUACCCACGGCUACCCCAGCAGGACCUUCCACUUCUCUUACUGAAUCUGGCCCAGCACCAAAAGACGAACCCCCUGAGAAGCAGUCUGGCAUCUUCGGUUUCAGUUUUGGUGGCACUAAAUCCCGCCCGUCGUCUCCUCAGCCGGCCGGCCCUGCAGUUUCUGGAAAGGUUCUCGGCUUCGGCUCGUCCUUUCUUAGCUCGGCGUCUAAUCUGAUUUCUUCAGCUGUCCAGGAUGAGCCGUCCACAACAAAACCAGCCUCUCGAAAGGGUUCUACAAUCUCUUUAAAAAGCUCUCCAACACCUCCUACUUCUCGUAAGGGGUCUGUAGCUCAGACACAGGAGGAAAAAAACGUCUCAAAGAAGGAAGAAGAUAAUAAACUUGAAGACCUGCUGGCUAAGGCAUCAGUUACAGAGGCUGGCAAAGCUUGUCCACUCUGUAAGGCUGAACUUAAGACCAAUCCACCCAACUACAGUACUUGCACUGAAUGUAAGAACGUCGUGUGUAACCUUUGUGGAUUCAGUCCCAUUCCCCAACAAACAGAGGUAAAGGAAUGGCUGUGUUUGAACUGUCAAAUCCAGCGAGCACCAAAAGCUCCUCCUGCACUUCCUCAAUCACAUAACAAAGUACCUCCUCCAGCAUCACCCCAGAAAAAAGAGGCUCCUGCUGCAGGUACUCCAACGAAGAAUCCAAGUCUUACAGCAAAUGCCAAAGACGAAAAACCAGGUGUAUCUGCAAAACCAGCUGAUAAAUCUGUUCCAGUGGAGCCCCCAAAAUCAACUCUUUCUCCAUUAGUACAAAAACCUCCACCUGCCAAGUCUGGUCCAUCACAAAAGGCUGAACCUCCAAAGGAAGAGUCGAGUUUCUUUGGUUUUGGUUUUGGCAGAGCUCGAUCACGUUCACCAUCUCCUCAGCCUGAUGUCUCUGCUGUUCCUGGAAAGGUUCUCGGCUUUGGCUCAUCUUUUCUCAGUUCUGCAUCCAAUUUGAUCUCAUCAGCUGUUCAGCUGGAGUCUUCCACAACUCCACCAACGUCUCGCAAAGGAUCUAUUAAUUCACAGACUUCUGGAAAAACCACACCUACACCUCCAACAUCUCGCAAACAGUCUUUAGUCCAGAAGCCCGAGGUGAAGAAAGAACCAGAAACUAAAUUGGAAGGUCAGCUGGCAGGGCCUGAGUUCUCUAGAGUUUGCCCACAAUGCAAAGCUGAUCCUCCUAAAAAUGCCAUCUGUAAGGAAUGCCAAAACACACUGUGUAGCCUUUGUGGAUUCAGUCCCAUGUCACCAAAAACAGAGGUUGAGAAGCAGGUGUGUUUAACCUGCCAGAAGAAGCAAGGGUCAGGACCCCCUGCUGUACAGCCUCAAUCAGAGGCAAACAAAGUACCUUUAUCAGAACAAGUUAUGGAAGCUCCAACUCCAGAAUCUACAUGGAAGAACACACGUCUCCCAGAAGGCACCACAAUGAAUGAUCAGAAACCAACUGCAGUAGUAAAUCCAGAAGAUAAACCUAAACCAGAGGAUAAACUAAAGCCAGAAGUUAAACCUAAGCCAGAGGAUAAAUCUAAACCAGAGGAUCAACCUAAAUUAGAGGGUAACCCAAAACCAGAGGAUAAACCUAAACCAGAGGAUAAACCUAAACUAGAGGGUAACCCAAAACCAGAGGAUAAACCAAAACCAGAGAUUAAAACUAAACCAGAGGAAAAACCAAAACCAGAAGUUAAACCUAAACCGGAAGAUAACCCUAAACUAGAGGAUACAUCUAAACCAGAGGAUACACUAAAGCAGGAGGAUAAACCAAAACCAGAAGUUAUGCCUAAACCAGAGAUUACAUCUAAACCAGAGGGUAAACCAAAACCAGAACUUAAACCUAAACCAGAGGGUACACUAAAACAGGAGGAUAAACCAAAACCAGAAGUUAAACCUAAACCAGAGGAUAAACCUAAACCAGAGGUUAAACCUAAACCAGAGGAUAAACCAAAACCAGAAGUUAAACCUAAACCAGAGGAUAAACCUAAACCAGAGGUUAAACCUAAACCAGAGGAUAAACCAAAACCAGAAGUUAAACCUAAACCAGAGGAUAAACCAAAACCAGAAGUUAAACCUAAACCAAAGGAUAACCCUAAACUAGAGGAUACACUAAAGCAGGAGGAUAAACCAAAACCAGAGGUUAAACUUAAACCACAGGAUAAACCAAAGCCUGAAGUUAAACCUAAACCAGAGGAUAAACCUAAGCCAGAGGAUAAACCUAAACCAGAAGAUAAACCUAGUCCAGCAGAGUCUCAGAAUUUCACUGCCACCCCCUUGAUACCAAAACCUUCUCCUGCCAAAUCAACAACAACACAGAAAACUGAAGCUGUAAAAGAGGAAUCAGGCUUCUUUGGUUUCAGUCUUGGUGGUCGGUCACCGUCUCCACAGCCUGAUAUUUCUGCCGUUUCUGGAAAGGUUCGAGGGUUUGGUUCCUCCUUUCUAAGCUCAGCAUCGAAUCUGCUCUCAUCAGCUCUUCAGGAUGAGCCUUCCACCACACCACCAACCUCUCGUAAAGGUUCCACAGUCUCUCAAAGUUCUGCUAAAACCACUCCGACACCACCCACCUCCCGCAAGACCUCCGUAUCAAAGCCACAGGAAGAAAAGACAGAAAUGAACAUUAAAUUAGAGGACCAAUCAAUGGGGUCACCUUCUCUUGAGGAAAAAGAUAAGCAUCUUGAUAAGUCAAUGAAACCUUGUCCUAUCUGCAAGGUGGAACUUAAGAAAGAUCCACCCAACUACAAUACCUGCACCGAAUGCAAAACCCCUGUGUGUAAUCUGUGUGGAUUCAGUCCUAUGCCACAGAAAACUGAGUUGAAGGAGUGGCUGUGUUUAAAUUGCCAGAUGCAUCGAGCACCAGGAGCUUCUCCAUCACAGUCUCAGCAACAGCCUGAAAAAGUUCCUCAACCAGCGUCACAACAGAAAACCACUGCUGGAAACCCAGAGGAAAAACCUGCUCAAGUAGGUACACAGCCUAGUUUGCCUGCUACUAAAAAGCAACAAGCUGAAGCUGCUCCACCACCAAAGAAUGAGCCUCUAAAGAAGGAGUCAGGAUUCUUCGGUUUCGGUGCUGCUCGUUCCCGGUCUCCAUCUCCACAGCCGGGUGUUUCGGGGAAAGUGCUAGGUUUUGGAUCAUCCCUCUUUAGCACAGCAUCUAAUCUGAUGUCCUCAGCUGGGAAUGAUAAACCUUCUACAACUCCACCAACUGUCCGUAGAGGAUCCACAACAUCUCAGACAUCUGUAAAGACCACACAGGAGACUUCUGAUUCUUCUAGGAUAGGAUCUGUAGAGCCAGAAAAAGUUCAGCACAUCAAAACAUCAACAGACCAGAAAGUAUCUGCUGUCGCGAGGAAACAAGAUGACAGUAAACCAGAUGAAAAGCAAGUGCCGACUGCGAAAGAGGCAAAAGAUUCUCAAAAACUGGCAGAACCUAGUAAAGCACAGCAAGUGACCUGUCCUCUGUGUAAGAUAGAGCUCAAUGUGGGCGCAGAUGAUGUACCUAACUACAACACCUGCACUGAAUGUAAGAACACUGUGUGUAACCUCUGUGGAUUCAACCCCGUUCCACAUAAGACUGAGGUUUGCGAAUGGCUUUGUCUAAGCUGUCAAACACAGAGGGCAUUAAAGGAAAUGGAAGCACAAACCAAACCAAGUGUUGUGUCCACCACAGCACCAUCAUCAGAGUUACCUCAGGUUCAAGCUCCACUAAAAUAUAAACCUGCUGCAACCACCACAGAUCAAAGUAAAUCCUCGGUUCUACCUUCUGUCCAAAACGAUGACGUUUUAAUUAGAGACGCAACUCGAGAGAAAGAGGCCAUAAAUGUGUUCGAGGAUAAAGAUUUACAAAAGGAAAAAAACCAAGGUUCUUCCAUCUCUCCACUUUCAUCUGAGCAGAAACCAGCUGCUAUUAAAGAAACAAUCAAGGUUUCAGAAACACCGGAGAAAUCUCAAGCCAAAUCAUUAGAACAAGAACCAGAAACCUCCAAGCAAGAAUCAGGUUUCUUUAGCUUUGGAUUUGGCAGUACCAAACCUCAGCCUGCACCACCCAAAGCUUCUGAAACCAACGCUGGCAAGUUCUUUGGCUUAGGAGGCUUGACUGAGACACCCUCACCACAAUCUGUCUCUGCUGUUUCUGGCAAAGUUUUAGGUUUUGGGUCCUCCAUCUUUAGUUCAGCAUCUAAUCUGAUCUCAUCAUCUGUCCAAGAUGAGCCCUCUACAACACCACCGGUUUCCAGAAAGACUCCAUCAGUUUCACCGACAUCUAUCAUAAUGGCCACACCACCCUCUUCUCGUAAAGGUUCAACAGUUUCACAAGCUUCCCAGGAUACCAAAACAGAUGAGAAGUUAGAAGUCAAUACAGGGUCUUCAGAAACCGCUACAGAUUUACAGAAGCAGAAAGAAAAGAUAUCAGAUGAAAAAUCAGAAGUCAAGAUAGUCAAACCAUUGACUCCUCUACCCACAGCACCUAAACUGAUUGAAUCUAACUGUCCCAUUUGCAAGGUAAAACUGAACAUGGGACAAGAAAAUCCACCUAAAUUCAACACCUGCACUGAAUGCAAGAACGUUGUCUGCAGUCAAUGUGGAUUUGAUCCCAUGCCUGAUCAGGUCAAGGUUAAAGAGUGGCUUUGCAUCAAUUGCCAAAUACAAAGAGCAGCAAGAGGACCAGAACUUCCAGAAACUCCCAUGUUGAAACCUGUUCUGUCAGGAAAGGAUAUUCAGACACAUAUUACAGUGGAUACAGCAGCUGAACCCAAACCCACUGAUCCAUACAGUCUACAUGAAGAUAAAAUACAAGGUCCUGACCUUCUAUCAUCACAGAAAGGUGCCUCAAACCCAAACUCUCAACACAAUACAAAAGAGCAGUCACAGGAAAAGGCUGUACAAGAGAAGGAACCUGCAAAAUCUCAGCAGCCAUCAACACAUGUUACAGCAUCCCCAGCCAAAUCUGCUCCACUUUUACAAGCUGAGGCUCCAAAGCAGAAAUCAAGCUUCUUUGGAUUUGGAGCGAGCGAUGAAUCUCAGCCUCCUCUUUCUAAGUCUCCUGAUUCAACAUCUGGGAAGCCAUUCAAUUUUGGAUUGAGUGAGAAAGCCAGGUCACGAUCACCAUCACCUCAGGCCAUGGCUGUCACUGGCAAGGUCUUUGGAUUUGGAUCCUCUAUUUUUAGUUCUGCAUCUAACUUGAUCUCAUCAGCCGUUCAGCAAGAGCCAGCUUCUUCUCCAUCCACUUCUCGUCAAAGUUCUACAGUGUCUCAGUCUUCUGUUAAGACUUCUACACCUCCUGCUUUUCACAAGGGUUCUACAGCCUCCCAGGCCUCUGUAAAAGUGAAUCCUGUAGAGUCUAAAUCUCUUCUAUCAAAGAAAGUGAGUGAUACACUAGAAGAUAAGAAAAAAGAAGGACCUUUGCUGGUCAAGACACAACCUCAUACUGCAAAUCCUGAAGUUAAGACAGAACUUGUGGAGGAGACAGUUGCUGCUAAAGCUCCUUUAAAGGCGAGCCAACCCACCUGCCCUAUCUGUAAGGUGGAUCUUAAUGUUGACUCAGAGAAACCUCCGAACUACAAUACCUGCACUGGAUGCAAGGAGAUGGUGUGUAACCUGUGUGGAUUUAACCCCAUGCCUCACCUCACAGGGGCGGAGUGGCUGUGUCUGAACUGCCAGACUCAGAAGGCCCAAGCGGGGCCACUGGGAGACUUCGGACAACCUCCUUCACUGUUAUCUGUUUCGAGCACUAAGCCUUCAGGUUUACCUACAGGACAAACAGUGAAAACCUCAGAGACGACUCAAGCUGUUGAAACAUCCGCAGAGAAUAAAGAUGUUCAGCCGGUUGAAGUUGGUGACAAAACACUUGAGUUGAAACCAACAAUUAAGGAGGAAAAAAUACCUACAGAGGAAGUGACACAUGGUAUCAGCUAUAAGGAGCCACAGGCUGUUAAAGAAACAACCUCUUUGCCGGCUGUUCCUGAAACAAUACCUGAACCUGCUUCAGGUGCUCCAGAUUUUACCCAGACAACAUUUGCUCCACCUGGAGAAGCUGUCAACAAAACACCAGAGUUGAUCACAAAUGCAGUGCAAUCAGCAACUGUGAUUGCUAAGGAACCAACACCAGCUGUAGACACUCAGCAAGUGAUAAAACCUAAUAUGCCUGGUGUUACGCCUUCCGAAGAGGAUCAGCAAGCAGUGCCUAUUGAGGCAGGAAAAAUGGAGGAAGAACCCACGCUUCAGUUAGAUGAGGCUCGUAACCUGGAAAAUACACCGCUGUCAGUUUCAGGAGAUGAGUCAAACGAUUUGAAUGUGGACGGCAAAAAAGAGCAAAAAGAACACGAUACAAUAACAAUUUCCCCUGAGUCAUACAGUUCAGCUGAGGAAGAGCUUAAAGAAAUCCAAAGGGCCGUUGAAUCAUCUUUGAGGGAAACCGCUGCAGACUUAGAUCAUAUUAAAGCAACACUUAUCGCAAAGCAGUAUCCUGGCUCGGCAGAAAGCACCAGAGAAGAAGAAACUUCACCACUCAGCCCAGAAUAUGUGGACGAAGAAUUCAUGCGUGCAAAGCUCAUGCAAAUGAGCACAGACGAGGAUUUGGAAUUACCUGAUCAGCAAAGUGACAUCGGUAAACAUCGAGUACUGCUAAAACUUCCUGUCGGUUUAAUUACUGAGGAGGAGAGUUUAACCGAGGACUCAGAUAGGUCUAAGGAUGAUGGAUCCUUUAGUAUGCAGGCAUCUUAUAUCACACCUGGAACUGCAUCACCUACAUCAAUAUCCUCAUUCGAUGAAGAAAGUGGUUGCGUCCCAGGUCAAAAGAUGGAACGUGUAGUGGUCAAGCAUCAAAGGAAAGUGAAGCAUUGGCAAGGUCCAUCUCAAACUGAAGAGGAGUCUUCUGAGGAGGAAAAAGAUUACAAAAUGAAAUUAUAUGAGCAGUCAUCUUUCUCUAACAUUUUCGAGACAGAACGAGGAGACACUAUUAGCCACCGACCACAACCAAAGGAUGUUAUAUAUCUAGCUUCUGAGAAACCAUUAAAGACUGCAGAGGAGGCUUAUGAAGAAAUGAUGCUAAAAGCUCAAUAUUUCUCUGAUAUGUCAAGAAAAGUAACCCCACCUGAGAUUGAGCCACUCUACGGAGGCAUGCUGAUAGAGGACUAUGCUUACGAGUCAUUAGUGGAGGAACCGGCACAGGCUUCAGCAGGUGAAUGUGGGAUUCCUGACCAUGACUUUUUGACUACUGUAUUUGUUGAAGAUACAGUAAGAAAGCUCAGAACACCAGAUGAGGUCUAUGAGGAGAUGCAUGCAAAGAAAGAGCUCAUGCUAGAAAAUCAGUCGACUCAGCAGGAACACACUCGGAGAGAUUCUUCAGUCGCUGACGUUUGCUAUGUGACCAUAUCAGAAAAUGACGAGAUCCUAGUUGAGGAUAGAAAACUCUCAAUAGGGGAAGAAGAAUUUAUAACACCAGAAACAAGUCCUUCAAAAUCAAGUCCUCUGACUCCUCUAUCUCCAAUGUCUCCUGAAUCUGAUUCCCCUGAAGUAAUUUUAAUUCCCUCCAGUGAUGAAGAGGAGGAAUUCAAGGAUGAAUAUGCAGCUGAACCUUUGGAGAUUGUUAUGGAACCUUAUACAGCAGAGGAAACAUCUCAGGAGUUCUCUGUUAAUAAAGCGCUCUACCCUAUUCCUGACCUGAAAAUUACCCAGUGCUCUUCUGGUGAAGAAGAACCUGAGGAUGAAGAUAUAAUUACUCAAGGGCAUGAACCCGCUUUGUCAGGUGACAUUACUCAAAGUGAUGACAGCUCUAAUGAAGAUGCUUUGGUUACAGAAUCUUUAGUUGAGUUACCAACAAUAGAGUCUGAACCCACAUCUGUGGUAUGUGAAGUUCCUCCGUCAAAACUUUCUUUAGAACAAGUGUCUUCAUUUUCAUCCUUUCCGCUUACAGAACGGACUCCAGACCAAGAGUCCAUUCCAGUCACACACAUCGCUGACUGUUCAACUCUUGUAUCUGGUGCUGCAACAUCUCCAGGUUCAUUAAAUGAUUCUGAAUCAGAGCCAGAACCCCCAGUCUUGGUAGGACCUCCUCUUAUUGCAGGUUCUCUUGAGGAAUCAGUUGGUCCUAUUCAAGUUUUAACAUCUACCCAGCAGACGGAGGAACUGGCUGGGGUGUCUGUUACUGAACCACUAUUGGCUUCAAGGCCAUCACAAGUUUCUUACGCAGGAGAUACUAGUGUUCCUGAACCAUCUUUAAUUUCAAAACAAUCCAAGGUCACCAUACCAACUGAAGUGUCUGUUUCUAAACCACCACUAGCUUCGAAACCUGUUCUCACCUCAGCGUCUAUCUCAGAUUCUGUCAUUGUUACAAUACCAGAGCGAGAAUCACCACCGUUGGGGGCUGCAUCUCCAGAAUCAGCUGUAGAACCAACUCCAGUGGUCGAAAAUGUUACUGCUGCGUCAACUGCAAGUUCUGUCUCAAAUCAAGCUCUGGCUAUCACAGCACAAGUUCCACAAGUUUAUUCAACAACUUCUGUUCAAACAUCCAGUGCUAUGGUGCCAUCUUUAGAAUCAAUGUCUACGCUAGUGUCAGCUGAAAUAGAACAUCCAUCUCCUGCCAUCAUUCCAGGACCUGGACAACCAGAUGUUGCUCAAAUUCCACAUCUAGUUACUACAACAUCUGAUUAUUCAGUUUAUACUAUGAGUCGGCCACUUAUUUCUUCUCCUCAUGUUCCAACAAGUUCGGUGUUAACAACAGAUGUUCUCACUUCAACCGAAAGCACAUCUGUUGCAGCAUGUGUUCCUUUGUUUUCUGUGGAACAGGCCUCUGUUUGCCCACCUUUAUCAAAUGCGACAAGUUUAGGUGAGUCUCACCUUGAGUCCUUUACAGCUAUAGCUGCAGACAGAACAGACUUGGCCCCAUCUACAGUUUCUAUUCAGAUCCCGUUCCAUGUUCCUGAUACAGAUAUAUCACAUUUGGCUACAACAACAGUCCCACCACCUCCUGUUGUACAAGACAUACCCUCUUCAGCACAGGUUUCUUCUAUAAACACAACUGCUUUUGAAACAGUGUCUUCUCAACCCAUUCAGUCAGUAAUAGUAGACAUAAAACCAGAGGAAGAUAGUAUUCAACCUGGACUAGAUACCUUGAGUGGAAUUACUAUAUUACCAUCUCAGACCAUGAUAGCCAUUGAAGUUAAUGGUGUUAAUGCAGAAGCUGAUCCUCAUAUUAAACUGACAGCUGGUAUGCCAAGUGAAUUCACUUCUCUGUCAACAAAACCUGAAUUUCAAGUGAUAACUGUCCCCCGUGAAAGAGCAGAUAAGCCAGUAAUUGAAUUUCCACCACCACCUACAGUUUCACCACCAGCUUUACCCUCUGACAAUUUGCCUAAGAUGCCAGUUCCAAUGCCAGUAGGCUUUACAGAUACUCAUGAGUCUCUUACAAGUACAACCAGCCAAGCACCUGGUGCAAUAGUGAAGCAAGCUGUAUCCCCAGUCCAUAAAUCACCACCACCAGUUCCUCCGAAGCCAUUAAGUAAACCUGCCGGUUUGGUAUUUAGUCACAAAAGGCAAGAACCUAUAACUGCUCAUAUAGGUCAUGCUGCAACUUUACCAAGAACAAGAGAACCCCCUAAAGUCCUUUCACUGUCUUUGCCUGCCCCGGUUGACAGUAAACGCAGUAUCACAUCACCAAAAUCUCCGCUGUCACCAAGAUUUGCCAAAACCCUGGAGACAUAUGUAGUAAUAACAUUACCAUCAGAGCCAGGAUCGCCAGUAGAAUCUAUUACAACCCAAGCUCCAAUACGUAAAUCAUCUCUACCUACACCUAAGCAACAAGCUCUUCCUUUCUCUCCAACAGUGUUUACUGCUUCGCCAGUGACUACGCCACUGACCAUAGUCUCAGCAUCAGAAGUAGCAGCCCCUCCAAAAGUGAUAUCAGUGCCUGUUGUGACACCACCACCACCACCUCCACUACCACCAAUUAUAUUACAAAAUGUGCAGGUGUCACCAAAAGCAGUAUUACAUGCUGCAUCUACAGUGAUUCUCUCAAAAGCCGAGACAGUCCCAUCAGAGAUUGCUUCAGCAUCAAGUGUGGUUUCACUACCUCAUAUCGGGGCAUCACGUCUAGCUUUUGUGCCACAGAUAGAGAUAGCAAAGCCCCCAGUCAAAAAGGAAAGUUAUCAGGAGGGAGCAAUUUACUCUGCACCACCUGUAGCUGGGCCGACAGUGGUUUCGGCACCAAUUGUUACAUCGCCACAUGCAUCCGUUGUAGCACCAAUUGUGACCGAAGUACCUACUGUCACCACAGAAUCAACCAUUAAUUAUGUAGCAAGUGUGUUCCCAAGUCAAGUAGCAUGCUCCACUCAAAUCGCAGCACCAGUAACUACGGUAUCUGAAUCACUGCUGACAAAAGAAGUGCCUGUGGGCUUGACAUCUUCAGCCAUUAAAUCUGAUGUUGAUUUAAGGCAAGAGUUUGAACGGCAACUGAUGCAAACUCCUAUAGCAAUUACCCAUCUUCCAUUGUCUACAGAUAAUCAGUCUAUACAAGGGUUAGAAAUGGAGGAAAUCCUAAUUGUAUCAGCUUUAGAGGAGACAACUCCAGCAAAGAGUUUGUUCUCUGAGCAUGAAAAACCUUUUGAAUUACAACAAGAGGUGUCUGUGGUUGGUGCUCCAAAAGAAAUACCAAGAGCACCAGUAGCAAUUACUUCAUUUGCACAAUCAGUUGAAAGUCAAGAAAUAAGAGCGCCUGAUGACAAAUUGACAGGCGUAAGUCAACUACCCUCUGAAUUUGCGUCAAUUGGACAGCACCAAUAUGCACGACCUAAUCUUGUGGCGCAAGUGAUUACGACUGAAGUCCAAAGAACUACCACUUUGUCUGUUGUACAAGACGGAGUAGAGGCUCCCUAUGUGACAGGCAAAGUGCAGCCAGAAAUGACAAAAAGUCAAACAACACUUAAACAGAAUGGACAAAUGCAUUAUCCUGGGAAUGUUAUUGACCUUACAGCCUUAAAGGUCAGUGUUUCAAUGACUGAAAAGGGAAUGGAUCUAACAGCCCCUGUGUCAAGUCUGCAGAAGUUUUCAAAUGAUUCAUGUGGUCGACAAUCAACUGCUGUGCAGCCAGAGGUUGUAAAUCUGACUCCUGCCACAACUAUGUCUUUUGUGACAGACAGUAUAACUGUUGUAACCUGCUCUACGACAAUCACAUAUAAUAAUAAAGUCAUUACAGUUGGCAGGCCCCUUAAUUUAGAAAGUGGAACUGCAUUGCCUCUGCCGUUAACCACAAACAAUACAUUUCAGCCACUGGCACAGAUUAUUUACCGACCAGUAAAUUCCCAGCCAAAACAAACAACCUUUUCAGAGAUUCCUAUUAAUCUAUCAUGUGGGGCUACCAAAACCACCGUACCUUCAUCUUUGCAUGUUACAACAGCCCCAAUUACCUUCACACCUAUUCAUAUGGAAACAUCUGCAGCAGGAGCUAUAGAUCUCACAAUGUCAAAACCGGUGAAAACGAUAGUGGCAUUAUCUUCUUCCUCCGAGGUGGUUACAAGUGUCGUUGAGGACGAUGAUGCACCUAUAGAUCUGACAGCAGGGAGGCGAACAGUGUGCUGUGACAUCCUCUAUCGGCUUCCAUUUACCUCAAGCUGCGGAAUACAACCACCAGUGACCGCAGCGUCAGAUAACCAGUUUGACUAUCAGCAUGAUAAUGCUACGACUGGAAAACUUGAAGAUCUUAGUAAUGUGAAAGUUUCUGAGAGUAAUAAAAAAGCAACAGAGCUGUUCAGUUAUGAGAGGAAAAAUGGAUUUGCUUACCAGAAGGAGGUACCAGAUGUGGCAAUUGAUUUGACAUCAGCAAAACUUUCAAAAGAUGAAGCCCUGGACUUCUCAAAAACAGGAAAUAUGGCUUUGGCUGGAGUAACCACCUCUCAGUAUACUCAGGAAAUGUCUUCUGGGGUCAAUACUAUAGUAACAUCAUCAACUGGUGGAUACUCGUCUGUUACUGCACCCGUACAAUCUACUAAUGCAAUUACUACCCAGCCAGGCUCACUAUUUAGUACAACAUGCACCAAUAUAACGGAGGCAUAUUCAGCACAUCACAACCAGGCUUUACCAUAUGAUCUCAUAAAUAACAGUGGAAGCAGCCAGUCAAUGUUUUUGGAAACUGCGCUGUCUAAGGAUAUACUGCCUGCUGCGCUCGCCAACCUGCUACCCUCAUUAACAGCCUUCCCGGAACUGUACAGUGAUGCUACCCUUGAGGCCAUUGCGGCAUCACUUGAUGCCCUUGUUUCCCCAAAUUUCCCAACUUUGGAUGACAGUAAGAGCCAGCAAUACCAAGUGGAGCAUGAGUUUUUACAAUUAGAAAAGCUUAAACAGCUGUGUCUGGCUGAAGAGCUGGAAUGGGAGAGACAGGAGAUACAGCGUUAUCGCGAACAGGAACAGCUAAUUGUCCAAAAGGAGCUGGAGGAACUGCAGAGCAUAAAACAGCAGCUCCUGUUACAACAGGAAGAGGAACGCAAGGCCCAUCUCAUUCUGCAACAGGAGACCUUUGCCCAGCAGCAACUGCAGCUUGAGCAAAUCCACCAUCUUCAGCAGCAGCUACAGAAACAACUAGAAGAGCAGAAGAAAUAUCCGUAUGGUUUUGAAUCAAGUGACUUGGAUCCCAAAUCUUGUAAAGGAGAUAAUGGCCAGUACUGGCCUGUAAAGGAUGACACUGCUAUAUCGUCUAAGCUCACUGCCCACGACCCUUUUGUUAGCCAAGGUUGGCACACCGCACCUGGUGGUUUUUCAAGGCGAAGUUUUAAUGUACUUGACUCAGAAGAAACAACAGAGCAAAAGCCGGUUUCCGAGAAACUGCCUUCAACAACCAAGCAGGACACUGAAGAAAAUGUAGAAUUUAGCAGCAGAAUUUUUUUUGAAUGUAGUAUGCAGACAGAUGAUGAGGACGAAGUGGAAAGGCCAUACACUGGCAGGAAGAGGAAGAGUAGGAGAAGUGUAGACAGCUGUGUACAGACUGAUGAUGAAGAUCAGGAUGAAUGGGAAGUCCCCGUUAGGAGCAGGCGCAGGUCUCGCUCUAGCAGAUAUGCAGAUGGUGAAAGGGUCAAGGGCUCCAAAGUAUCAAGCAUUGCAAUCCAAACUGUUGCUGAGAUCUCGGUUCAGACAGAUUAUUCUGGAACCAUCACGAGAUCACCAGUCCGAGCGCAAGUAGAUACAAUGGUUGACCUCCACCGAGGCGGACAUACAGAGAGCGAUUCUGAUGUCACCACUGAUAAGAGAUCGACUUCAGUAGAAGUUGGUGUCAACACCCAUCUAAAAACAGACGGUGUUACGAUCUCUUCACUACCCAAACCUUCAAAGUCACUGUAUUCACCAGUUUCACCUGUAUCUCCUGGAAAAGGCACAAGGAAGAUGCUUACACCUGAACCACCAAGACACCCCAGUAGCCCAAGGUCAUUAAAGGCUUCACAACGAUCUCUGUCUGAUCCCAAGUGUCUCAGUCCCACGUCUGAUGAAAGAAUCAUGUACCAGUACUCAGAUACUGGUUCUAGCAAGGGUUCCCAUGGCAGUUCCUCGCUGGGCACCCAAAAGAAAAUAAAGCGCACCCUUCCCCAUCCACCACCGGAAGAGGACACCAUGGUUGGCAGCCUGGGAUACAGUACAGGUUCAUCCCGGAGAAGAAUGUGCAGAAAUACAACGAUGGCUCGAGCGAAAAUUCUGCAAGACAUUGACAAAGAAUUAGAUUUGGUCGAACGAGAGUCUUCCAAACUACGCAAAAAGCAAGCAGAACUGGACGAGGAAGAGAAAGAGAUCGAUGCAAAGCUGAGAUAUCUCGAAAUGGGAAUUAACCGAAGGAAGGAGGCUUUACUGAAAGAAAGGGAAAAGAGGGAGAGGGCUUAUUUACAAGGGGUGGCAGAGGAGCGCGACUAUAUGUCUGAUAGUGAGGUUAGUAAUAAUAGAGAGGCACGGGGAAAUAGUCACGGACUUGAACGCCCAAGGACUGCCCCUCAGUCAGAAUUUGACCAGUUCAUCCCUCCACAGACUGAAGCUGAUCCACAGUAUGCCCAAAUGGGGGGUCCAUACUCUCAUUAUCAGUAUGCCUCUCAAAGUGAGACUCCAAGUCACUAUUCCCAGCAGACUCUGUAUCAACAGCAAUCCCUCUAUCACCAACAGGUGUCCCCCUAUCAGACCCAGUCCAUGUACUCAUCAGUACCAACACUUAGUCAACAGUCCCAACAAACUGGCUACGACCAUGCCUCGCAGCUCCUUUUAAUGCAACAGAAAUCCUGCCAAAACACCCUCUCUGAUUUGGAGCCAAAGAUAAUGGGUAACUACGAGGUCAUACGGCAUCAGCCUCUAAUAAUUGUCCCCACAUCCACAGAAAGUGCCUAUGGGGUUUCACAUCUCGGAGGCAAAUAUAGUAUAGACCUGAGGAUGGGUCUUGAGGAACGAGGCAGUAUGGCCAGCAGUCCAAUGUCCAGCAUUUCAGCAGAGUCAUUCUACGCAGACAUCGAGCACCACAAUGCAAGGAACUAUGUAAUGAUUGAUGACAUAGGUGAGCUAACGAAGAGUUCCACAGGCUUGAGCUCAAGUUUCAGCGUCCCUGAUAAGGACAUAAGCAAGAGUGACCGGCUGCUCAGAGCUGCAGAUGUUCGCCGCACAACAGAUGUGACUGACUUCAUUGGACCUCUACAGGCUUCCUCCAGGUUACAUUCAUAUGGUAAGCCAGAGGAGGACUCGAUGGAGGAGCCGUAUGAGUUAAAGCUGCUGAAGCAGCAAAUCAAGCAGGAGUUUAGGAGGGGCACAGAUGGUCUAGACCAACUCACAGGCCUCCCUCACUACCUUCAUGCUGACAGUUUUAGACAUUUUCCUAAAUCUGAGAAAUAUAGUAUUGGAAGGCUUACGCUAGAAAAACAAGCUGCUAAGCAGCUUUCAGCUUCAGUCCUUUACCAGAAACAGUUGAAGAAUAAAAGAACACUAAUUGACCCUAAAGUAACAAAGUUUUCCCCUAUACAAGAGAGUAGAGACCUGGAACCUGAUUACAGCAGCUUUCUGUCCUCUGCUGGUUCAGCAGUAGGUGGACUGUCCAGCAGAGCAAGGCUUUUACAGGAUGAGCUCACAUUUGGUCUAAGAAAGAACCUGGCUGAGCAGCAGAAAUACCUUGGCUCCACACUUAGCACUAAUCUGGCUCAGUCACUGAGCCUUGCUCAUUCACUUAACCUUGGCCCAAGCUUGAGGUCCUCUCUCCAUGAGGAUGGCACCUACCCCAGUGGCACCCGGUCAAGACCUUCCUCCAGGCCAUCCUCUGUAUAUGGACUCGACCUUUCAAUUAAAAGAGAUCUCUCCAGCUCUUCUCUAAGGUUAAAAACAGACGGUGAAGGCAUGGAGUCCCAGUUUGGUAUAGCAAGGGCAAAACCAACGAGUUUACCGAUCAGCCAGAGCAGGGGCCGUAUUCCCAUUGUGGCCCAGAAUUCAGAAGAAGAGAGCCCACUAAGCCCAGUUGGACAACCCAUGGGUAUGGCGAGGGCAUCUGCGGGUCCACUCCCACCUAUUUCUGCCGAUUCCCGGGAUCAGUUUGGGUCGAGUCACUCUUUGCCCGAGGUACAGCAGCAUAUGAGAGAGGAAUCAAGAACACGGGGGUAUGACAGGGACAUUGCCUUCAUUAUGGAUGACCUACAGGGAGCUAUGUCAGACAGUGAAGCCUACCACCUGCAGCAUGAGGAGACUGACUGGUUUGAUAAGCCUCGUGAGGGACGCAUUGGACCUCAACCAGGACGUGAUAAGAAACAGAUAAAAGCUCUGCAUUAUCCUUUCCCUCACGCUCGGAUCAAGCUGCAGAAAGACCCCCGGGACCACAGUGUCUCAGGUGGUGGGUUUGGCGUGCGGGUAGUCGGAGGAAAGGAGAUUCCAGGAACUAAUGGAGAGAUCGGAGCGUACAUUUCUAAGCUGUCAUCUGCAGGCACGGCUGAGCUGAAUGGAAAGCUUUUAGAGGGAAUGCAGGUCCUGGAGUGGAACGGAAUCCCUCUGACAGGAAAGACUUAUGAGGAAGUCCAGAGCAUUGUGUGUCAACAGAGUGAAGAGGCAGAUAUAUGUGUGCGCCUAGAUUUAAAUAUGUGCUUAGACUCAGAGAACCUUCAGUGCUUGGAGCUCCAGUCUCAUCUAAAACCUGCUGAACCUCAGCGUUCUCCAGGUGUCGAUCCUAACCAGUUGGCUGCGGAGCUGCAGAAGGUUUCUCAGCAGCAGGCUCCCACCUCUGUACUGAGUGUGCUGGAGAAAGCUGGACACCUUCAUUCAGCCUCAGCAUCUGCUGCUUCCAGUGGAGUGCCCAGCCCCGGGCAGCCCGGAUCCCCCUCUGUCAGCAAGAAACGCCACAGCAACAAGUCUGGCGACACUUCAAGAUCACAGUCACAUCCAAUCACAGGUGAAAUUCAACUUCAAAUCAAUUAUGACAAGAAUAUGGGUAAUCUGAUCGUCCAUGUUCUACAAGCCCGAAACCUUGCACCAAGAGACAACAAUGGAUAUUCAGAUCCUUUCGUCAAGGUCUAUCUGCUUCCAGGGAGGGGCCAAGUCAUGGUUGUCCAGAACGCAAGUGCUGAGAAUAAGAGAAGGACUAAAUAUGUACAAAAGACCCAGAACCCUGAGUGGAACCAGACUGUUAUCUAUAAAAACAUUCACCUCGAGCAGCUGAAGAGAAAAACCCUGGAGGUGACAGUGUGGGACUAUGACAGAUACUCCAACAACGAUUUCCUGGGAGAAGUGCUGAUCGACCUAUCUAACACUGCUCAGCUAGACAACCUGCCUCGCUGGCACCUCUUAAAGGAACAGAGUGAGAGUAUACACCAUGGAAGAGCACAUCCACCACAGGGCGGCGGAGGAUCGGGUGGCCAAGAAAGCCAAGGAGGCCCGGGAGGUCAGGGAGGCCCUGGUGGAUUGGGUGGACCUGGGGGCACAGGAGGGCAACCGAGCGAACAGUCCCCUAAAACGUCUGUCAUCAAGAGCAGAAGUCAUGGCAUCUUUCCUGACCCGGCUAAAGAUACCCAGGUCUCUACCAUUGAGAAGUCCCACAGUAGUCCUGGCAGCUCAAAAUCCUCAUCAGAGACUCACCUGCGCUCUCACGGACCCUCUCGCAGCCAGAGCAAGAGCAGCGUUACUCAGGCUCACCUGGAGGAUGCUGGGAAUGCCAUCGCUGCCGCAGAGGCCGCAGUGCAUCAGUCCCGCUUCCAGCCAAGCAGAGGAGGGCACAUGCUGAAUGAUGGGGAUGGCUAUACUCUGGACAGUGAGGAUUGCACAGGCACUAAUACAGUGGACAGUGCUAUAUUUCAAGUCCCUCAGCUAAAAACAAUUCCUAAUGGUUUGGAUAAGAGAGGCUCUGAAUCCCUGAAGAAUCUACACGACUCAGAAAAUAAGAAUCACAUGAUUGGAGAGAUUAAAGUGGCUCUGAAGAAGGAGAUGAAGACUGAAGGAGAACAACUGGUCCUCGAGAUCCUGCAGUGCAGAAACAUCACCUACAAAUUCAAAUCUCCAGAUCAUCUGCCUGAUUUGUACGUCAAGCUGUACGUGGUUAAUGUGGCAACACAGAAGCGGAUCAUUAAGAAAAAGACCAGAGUCUGCCGUCAUGACAGAGAGCCGUCCUUUAACGAGACGUUCCGUUUUGGUCUCAACCCUGCUGGUCACUCCAUUCAGCUUUUCUUGGUGUCUAAUGGAGGCAAGUUUGUGAAGAAGACCCUGAUUGGUGAAGCUUACAUCUGGUUGGACAAAGUGGACAUGCGCAAACGAGCAGUGAGCUGGCACAAACUAGUGGCCAGUUCUCCUCAUACGCAGCCCUGAUCCACACUACUGAUCUCUGCUGAUGACAUAAAGAAACCGGAAUUGUCCUUUUUGCAUUGCACAGUAUUGAAAAGCUCUGUCUGUGAUUUAGAUGCAUCACUGGCUCUUGCAGUCGAUGUACAGACUGUUUAUAGGAGGUCAAAUGAAACUGAGCAAUGAAU